AUUCUCUCUCUGUCUUUCCCUCUUAAUUUAUCUUCCCUCUUGCUUUAAGUUCUUGAUCUUAUGCUUGGCCUUAGUUCACGUGCCCUUGCUCAAUAGCAAAGCUUUUUUUUUUUUUUUUCAAAUUAAAUUAUACAUGUAGCUUGCAGCAGCAGCAGCCUUUAGUUAACUUAACCUAUUUGUGUAUGUCCCAGCAGCUUUUUCUUUCUUUUAUUUAAAGGGAGAUUAUGUGAGAUAUUGCUUUGCCUUUCCCAUGAUUACAUCUCAAUACUUACACGUUGGAUUUGAGCUAGGCACCUAGGCAUUAAUCCCAUCAAGAUGAGCUUUAAGAACUUUAAUCCAGAAGGCAAUAGUCGAAUUUCCAUUAGCACUAACCUCUGUGUUUUUUCUUAAAACAGCAUUGUUCUUGAUGAUGGGUAUAAUCAUCCAUCAUGUGAAGAAUCAUUUGUUAGUUAGUCACUUGGUGGUUAUGAUUAUUUGUUAGUUCCUAAUUAUAUAUUUAGAAGUUGAUGAAUCAUAAAUUCCAGCCGGCCUCAUCAAUAAUCAGAGUUACAGGUUGAACAUAGAUAAAGUUAUUAAACUCGGUCGGGUCAUGAAUUAACCAGGUUAACCUUGUUAAUUCAAAUCAGUAUCGUUUUGAUUUUUUUUAAAUCAAACCGGGUUUUUAUAUAUUAGGCCGAUUGGGUUUGACCGGAUUAACUACCACUCAGUAUAAUUUGAAAAUCAACUCGGUUCUUAGAUCGACAGGUCAUCAGGUUAACAUGCGAGCCAAACUUAAUCACUUUGAAGGUAGGUUAAUUGUGGGGUUAAGGUUAAUGUAAUGUAAUUAAGCACUCAAAAGGAGACAACUUUUUAAAGGCACCAAUAGACCACACUUGUUUUUGGCUCUCCAGACAUGAAGGCCCAUGCUUUUGAUUUCUCAGUAUGCUUCUUGAGACAAGGUAUAGUAUUCAAUAAGUUAGGCAAGACAUCAAGAUCAUGAACAUAAAAAACUGUAUCUGAUAUAACUUUGUCUUUACAUUUUCUAUUGGAGUAUAAAGCUACUUGGGCUCAGCAGCAACAAUGACUUGAAUUAUUCUCUAAGAAGAGUGGGUGUCUUGUUUUUCCAUGGCACCUUCUACCCUAUAGGACCUCAAGACUUAGAUAAUGCAUGCUCCUACAUCUCAGGACCCAACCCAAAUGCCUUCCAACUCCUCGCAGGCUACACUUUUUGUAGCUAUUAUCACAGUAGUGUAGCAGAUUAGCAUCGCACCUGUUUCGCCACACCACUAGAAGAGCAUCCACAGAAGAUCUGCACAGUUUGCUUCCCCAUCAUCACCCUCUCUUGAUUGUCUUCAAGUAUAAUGACGGGCUGCAAGACCAAAGACAGGAAACAACAAUUGAAUCUGUCUGAAUAAGCUUUAAGUCUACAUUUAUUUGAUAAUUUUCAGAGUUGUUACUACCCGCAAUCUCCCUUCAGAAGACUAUGAACGAACUAGGUUCUGAAAGAUCAAAGCCAUGGAACAUAUACACAAGUUCAGACCCUGCACCAUCUCAAACAGGAGUUAUUGACAGGGAAGCUCCAUGGAAAAGUUUUGGGACAUCCAUGAAUGCGAUUUCUUUUGGUUUUGUUGCAACAGCAAUCUUGGUAUCAAUGUUUCUGAUAAUGGCCAUCUUUGAACAUCUCUUUCGGCCCACUCCUCCUUUUUCCUCACCUCAGGAAGUCACCAAUGGUUCUGCGGAAUCAAGAGCACUACACAAACUCAGAAAUCCACAAACAGUUCCAGCAGCUUAUGCAUCAGAUUUUUCAGUGGUGAUGCCUGGACAGCAACACCCUACAUUUAUUGCCCAGCCAGCACCUCUACCUUGUCCAAGAGAAAAGAUAAAUUGGCCUGCCCAUGAGCAAAUUACUUGAAAAACAUGGUGUAAUGCUUGCAUUGGAUCAUGUAGAAGAUGUUUUGUUAUACUAUGUAUCUAAUCCAGUAUAAAAAUGGUUCAUCACAAUUAUGCAGUACUCA